GCGCACAGAUCCAGUGCAGACGGCUCCAGUGCGCAAUGAUCUGCACACCGUCAGUGUUUUCACAGGAGGAAGAGCGAAUGCGCAAACAACUUUUGCGCACCGGACAAGACAAGAGUGGAUGGAUCAAUAGCUGAAAGGGAGAGGGGUCUUAAGAAACCUGACACAGCCGAUCAGACUCACACCUGACGCUCUUCCCCACGCCAGACUUCUCCUUUGUUUGGCGGGGGACUGGGGACAUUAGUUUGGCUCUUCGGUGUUUCAAGGGAGGGCUUGAAACCAAGUGUGGGUUGGGUUAGAGUGGCACUUAAAAAGAAACUCUCACUGUCUUCUGUGUACAACAGCAGUCAGGGGAGAGGAAAGCGUAGUUGCACUUUAUUUUCCCCUCCCAGCCAACUCACUCAACUUUUCCAUUUUUUUUUUAAUUUUUUUUUUUUUUUUUUUUUACUUCUUUUCGCCACGCUUUCUGAGAUGGGAGCCAUGGCUCCUGGGACGCACAGGUUGGUAAGAGGAGCGCUGCUGCUGCUGCUGCCAGCCCUGCCGCUCUUUGAAGCUCUGUCAGCCAGCUGGCUGCCAGGGGACUAUGCAAACACCGUGUCUGGUGCACAGACGUUCCUCAGUGACUACAACAGCACUGCAGAGGAGGUGGUCUUUAACAGCGUGUCCGCUAGCUGGAACUACAACACCAACCUUACGGAGCACAACUCCAAGCUGCAGGUAGCUGCAAGUCUUGAAGAACAAGCCUUUGAUGAAGCCUGGGGAAUGAAGGCCAAGCAGGUCUUCUCCGAGGAUGUACUGAACUCUCUUCCUGCAAAAGACAAGAAGCUGAUUAAAAAGAUCACGUCACUGGGAGUUGCCAACCUUCCACUUGCUGAACGAGAGGAGUAUAACACCAUCCUAAGCACCAUGGACAGUAUUUAUUCAACAGCUAAGGUGUACCCACAGCCAAACAUUAGCUGGAGCCUGGAUCCUGAACUCACAGAGGUCCUGGCCAACUCCAGGAGUUACAAGAAGCUGCUGUUUGCCUGGGAGGGCUGGCACAACGCAUCAGGUGUGCCCCUUAAGCAGCAUUAUCCCAGGUUUGUGGAGCUCAGCAACAAAGCCUCUAAAGCUGAUGGCUUUGAAGACACAGGAGCUUAUUGGCGCUCCUGGUAUGAGACUGAAACCUUUCAGGAGGAUUUAGAGAAGCUCUACAAGACGAUUGAACCGCUCUACCUGAACCUGCAUGCCUUUGUGCGACGCAAGCUCUACAACUUCUACGGUCCUAAAUAUAUCAAUCUGAAAGGGCCUAUCCCUGCUCACCUGUUGGGAAAUAUGUGGGCCCAGUCGUGGGAUAACAUUUAUAGUAUGAUGAUCCCAUUUCCUGACAAACCCAACCUGGAUGUGACCGAUGAGAUGGUCAGACAAGGUUACAAUGCCACACACAUGUUUCGUUUAUCUGAGGAGUUCUUCACUUCUCUGGGAUUAAAGGAGAUGCCCAUGGAAUUCUGGGAAGAGUCCAUGCUCGUUAAGCCUGAUGAUCGGGAGGUUGUGUGCCAUGCAUCUGCCUGGGACUUUUACAACCGCAAAGACUUCAGAAUUAAGCAGUGCACCACAGUGACGAUGGAGCAGCUCUUCACUGUGCACCACGAGAUGGGCCACAUCCAGUAUUACCUGCAGUACAAGGAUCAGCCUGUAGGCUACCGGCGCGGAGCCAAUCCUGGUUUCCAUGAAGCCAUCGGUGACGUCAUGUCCCUUUCAGUCUCAACACCGAAGCAUCUGCAUGAGAUCAACCUGCUGGAGUCUGUGACCUCUGACGUUGAAACUGACCUGAACUUCCUGCUGAAGACUGCUCUGGAUAAGAUAGCCUUCCUCCCCUUCGGCUACCUCAUUGACCUCUGGAGAUGGGGCGUGUUUAGUGGAAGCACCCCUCCAGAGAAGUACAACUCGGACUGGUGGUACCUAAGAACAAAAUACCAAGGAAUCUGCCCACCUACCAGGCGGACAGAGGAUCACUUUGAUCCUGGGGCAAAGUAUCAUAUCCCCGGAAACACACCAUAUAUCAGGUACUUUGUUAGCUUCAUCCUCCAGUUCCAGUUUCAUGAAAAACUCUGCGAUGCAGCGAAUCACAAGGGGCCUCUGCACACAUGCGACAUCUACCGUUCUAAAGAAGCUGGAGACAUCCUACGAACGGUUCUAGAGGCAGGUUCUUCCAAACCUUGGCCCGAGGUCCUUCAAGAGGCCAUCGGCACAAAUCAAAUGAAUGCUACCUCUCUAAUGAAAUACUUUGAGCCCAUAAUCAAGUGGCUGGAAGAACAAAAUGUGAAUGAGACCCUAGGAUGGCCUGAAUUCAACUGGGUCCCACCCAUCCCUGACGGCUACCCUGGAGAUAUUGACAAAAAUACAGAUGAGCUUCAUGCAAAGCAAUUUCUAGAAGAAUAUAACAGUACAGCAGAACAAGUGUGGAAUGCCUACACCGAGGCCUCCUGGAAGUACAACACAGACAUCAAUGAAGCUAAUAAGCAGGACAUGCUUAAGAAGAACUUGGAAAUGUCGGCACACACCCUGAAGUACGGCCUGAAGGCUCGUGAUUACGACAUCACUGACUUCCAGGAUCCUUCAGUCAAACGCAUCAUCCAAAAACUCAGCGACAUUGACAGGGCUGCUCUGUCCACUCCAGAGCUAGAAGAGUUCAACACUCUUCUGUCUAACAUGGAGACCAAAUACAGCGUUGCUGAGGUUUGCAGGGAGGAUGGCACGUGUCAUCCGCUGGAUCCAGAUCUCCAGAAAAUCAUGGCCGAGUCGAGGGAUUAUAAUGAACUUUUGUUUGCCUGGAAAGGAUGGAGAGACGCUGCAGGCAAAGUGCUUCGUGAGGAUUAUAAGAGAUAUGUUGAACUGGCCAAUAAAGCUGCCACACUCAAUGGUCAUUCUGAUAAUGGGGCUUUCUGGCGGUCCCUGUACGAAACUCCUACCUUUGAGGAGGACCUGGAGGCUCUGUGGAAGGAGCUGGAGCCGCUCUACCUCAAUGUGCAUGCCUAUGUUCGAAGGGCUCUUCACAAAAAGUAUGGCUCAGAGUACAUCAACUUAAAGGGUCCCAUUCCAGCUCAUUUGUUGGGCAACAUGUGGGCACAGACCUGGUCUGGCAUCAUGGAUUUAGUCAUGCCCUAUCCAGAUGCCACACAAGUGGAUGCCACACCAGCUAUGGUGGCGCAGGGCUGGAAUGCCACCAGGAUGUUUCAGGAAUCAGACAGAUUUUUCACUUCCCUGGGUCUGCUGCCAAUGCCACAAGAGUUCUGGGACAAGUCCAUGCUGGAAAAGCCUUCUGACGGACGGCAGGUGGUGUGCCACGCGUCUGCAUGGGAUUUCUAUAACCGAAAGGAUUUCAGGAUAAAACAGUGCACUGUCGUGACCAUGGAUGACCUGAUCACUGUGCACCAUGAAAUGGGCCACGUACAGUACUUCCUGCAGUACAAAGACCGGCCCGUGUCGUUUCGUGACGGUGCCAAUCCUGGCUUCCACGAAGCCAUCGGAGAUGUACUCGCACUGUCAGUCUCCACGCCCAAACAUCUCCAGAGCAUCGGCCUCCUGGACAAAGUGGAGAGUAACCACGAGAGUGACAUAAACUUUUUAAUGAGCAUGGCGCUGGACAAAAUUGCCUUCCUGCCUUUCGGUUACCUGAUGGAUCAGUGGAGGUGGAAGGUCUUUGAUGGACGCAUCCCAUCAUCAGAGUAUAAUAAAGAAUGGUGGAACCUCAGACUGAAGUACCAGGGUCUGUGUCCACCUGUAACCCGCACUGAGGACGACUUUGACCCAGGUGCAAAGUUCCACAUCCCCGCAAACGUGCCCUACGUCCGCUACUUCGUAAGCUUCAUCAUCCAGUUUCAGUUCCACAAAGCUCUGUGCGAUGCUGCCAAUCAUGUUGGGCCUCUGCACACCUGCGAUAUCUACCAAUCCAAAGAAGCUGGGAAGCUGCUGGGGGAUGUGAUGAAGCUCGGGUACAGUAAGCCGUGGCCUGAAGCCAUGGCCAUGAUCACGGGUCAGUCCAAAAUGACUGCCCAGCCGCUCAUGCAGUACUUUGAACCUCUCAUUAAAUGGCUUGAGGAGGAGAACAACAAGAACAGCGAAGUCCGUGGAUGGCCCGACUACGACUGGAAACCUUCAGAUCCUGGCACUGAAAUCAUUGAUAGUAAAGUUGAGUUCCUGGGACUGAAGGUGGACCAGGAGGCUGCCAAAGUUGGCCAGUGGCUGCUGCUGUCAAUCAGCCUGGCUUUCUUGGUGGUCAUCAUCCAGCUCGCCUACAAGUACAGGAAGUCAAAGCGUGGAAAGUCCCCGUCGAUGAUGGAGCUCAAGCAAAAGGACUGAAGAUGAAUUUAUUGUAGCUAUCACAAAGCCAACCUCAAUGUGAACAACUACAAAAUGUCAGAGCACAUUUGCUGUUGUACAGUUCACGAUCGUCAUUUUGAUUCUUUUCACACUGAAAGGUGACUCUGAAUGUCAGAAAUCCCAAAAGAGUAAAGAAACGAUGUUUUGCCAGUUCAUACGAAGAAAUAAUGUUAAAAUUUCCUAUCUGAAUGCAACAUUUAGAAAACAUAUUUACCAAUGGUUUUAAAUGCACGUAAUAAUAUAGGAAUGUUUUACUGUUAUAUGGUGUAUUAGGUAUAAAUGUUCUUUAUCUUUGAUCUUAAACACAUUUAUUUCAAAGUAGUUCUGUAAUAGCUAAAAUAAGAUAAAGUUUAACAGCUUCAUUCAAAAUGAAUAAGUUUCAAUAUUUCUGAGAGUUUUAUAAGUGUAUAAACCGGAACUGGACAGGAUUUUCUUUAAUUACGUUUUGUAAUAUUCAAAUUGUGUAAUUUAGUCUUUAAAUGUUAUUGAUACACUCAAAAGACAUUUAUAAUAUAGAUAAUAAAAAUAAAUAUAGAAAUGUAUAUAUAAAAACUGUACAUCUUUAAACGCUGUCUGUAAACAGAUUAAAACAUAAUUACCUGAAUCUUUUAUGAUAUUUCUGGUGUAGUUUCUCACACAGAUAUCUAAUGAAAUACACUGAUUGGACUGAGUGUAUAUUCACUUAUGUAUUAGCUUUCCUUUUAUUUUUCAAAACCUGUGGUUUAUAUUUUUUAAACAAAAUGUUUAAUUGAAGUUAUCUCUAUCCCCCCCCUUUUUUUUAGAUAACUCUUUCAUUUUAAGAAUAGAACUGCCUUAAAUAAAAUCUAAAAAAAAAAAAAAAAAUCUCCACUGGAACUUGUUUAAUUUGACAUUGUAAAAAUUUCUGCUUGGUCUCCUAUUGUACAUUUACUGUAUACACUUAGAUUCAUUUUAUUGUUGCCUGCCAGUGCAAAAACACAAAUUGUAAUUUAUUUGUAAUAUUUAAGUUUAAAAUGUUUUUAAAAUGAAUUUCGUUCAUUGUGUAAAAAUGUUUUAAUAUCUCAUUCAUUUCCUUUGCAUUUCUGUAAUAAAGAGAUUCAAUUCUG